ACAUGGUUCAUCUCAUCAAAAGCAAAUUUGUAUCAUAGUUGCUAAACUCACGUGGUCCACGAGAAAUACAACACGAUCAUCACCCCCACCAGUUGUUAGCAACCCCACAUGACUACGGUUUCUGUGACGCGCUAGGCAAACUAUUCUUUCGCUUUUGGCACUCCUAAUGCUAAUCAAGUAAUCAGUAAUUUGGGAGUAUUAGGAAACUAUUAUAUCUCGUUUAAGUCCCUUUCGCCCUUGCUAAAUCAAAAUGAAAUAAUUCCUCAUUUAGCUUAAAGAAAAAGGAAGACGUAUACAAACAAAAAAGGUAAGCACCACGUUGCUCAUAAAUAUCUCUAUAUAGUGUGAGAUACAUGAAGGAGAGAGUAAAGAAGAAAAUACACAAAAACACACGCACGCACUUUGAAGCUUCAAUAGUUUUCUCAGCAACUUCUUAACGCUUAAGAAAAAUGGGAACAGCUACUUUCAUAGAUAUUCUUCUCGCUAUCCUCUUGCCUCCUCUUGGUGUCUUUCUUAGAUAUGGUUGCGAGGUUGAAUUUUGGAUAUGUUUGGUUUUGACGCUUUUUGGGUAUCUUCCUGGGAUCCUCUACGCCCUUUAUGUCCUCACCAAAUAAAUUACCAUCAAUCCUCUCUUCUUUUCAUUUCAUCUCCUUGAACAACUGUUUCGUCGUGUUUUCCUAUCUUUGUGUAACUGUGAUUGAUUCAUCGUUUCUUUAGUCAGGGUUUUAUCAUUGUUGUGUGUUGCAUACCUUUUGUUGAUAUAAAGAAGAGAUCCUUUGUUUUGUGUGAAGAACUUGUUUAUUCAAGUUUUUCAAAUAUAUAAUAGUUUUUUCUAUC